AUGCCGUCUAUUGGCACUACCAGAGGAGGGCCAACUAGGGCUGAACUGCAAAAUACAAAAGAUCCGAAUAACAAGUGGUAUGCCGGAAUGUUUUCCGGUUUCAUGGUACCUCCAACAGCAGGAGCUGCCGAAAGUAGAAACUCCAACGACUUUAAUUGGGCAUCUGAAAGGGGAAACGAAAACAGAGAGGGCGUAGAAGAUGACAACUCUACAGUGGGCGAGUCGCUCGAUGCGCUUGGAAGAGAUUUGGGAAGCGACAUGAGAUCUUUACCAUCCCUUGACGAGGGAUCGUUGGAAGGAUCGUUGGGCACUUUGUCCCUUUCCAAAAAAGUGGCCUUACCUUUCUCCUUUCUCAAUCCAAAGAAAACAGAAACUGUGGAAUCCGUUGUUGAAAAGAAGAUAAACAAUCUCAAGUCAGAGCGCUCUUUGACUGCUGUGGACAAGUCGGUGCCUUAUCUCCAACGAAGAUUGCAACCGAGACCACCGCAAGUAUACACUGAAGCAAAAAAGCGAACAACCCCAGAAUCGAUAGUCGAUCCAAGACGACAUAUGCUCGUGAGAGAGCUUAGAGAUGCUGUCGCCAAGUAUGGUAGAUUUGAUUUGCGGUGUGCUAAUAUCACAGCUGCGCUUGGGGACCUGUACGAUGAAAUUGAAGAUCAUAUUCAAGCAAUACGAUUGCACAAGGAUGCAGUUUCAGUCUUCACCGUCAAGCUUGGCGACAACGAUCAAAAAGCCUUGACUGCUCGUGUUCGUCUCGGAGAGGUACAAGAGAAUGCGAGAGAAUACGAUGACGCGAUUGGGACCUACUAUUAUGUGAUAUCUAUGACCCGAGCUCUUGAUGGUGAAAAAAGUCCAAAAGCAGCUUCAGUAGCGAUGAAGAUGGCAGAAACGCUACGUAAGAAGGGAGAAAACGAGCUUGCUAUCAAGACAUUGAAGAAAGUUCUGAAGAUCUAUCGUGAAAUUCUUGGUGACGGUCAUCCCAAGGUCUCGAUAGUAGUCGACGACAUUGCCAAGCUCUAUGUAAGCAUUGGUGAUUACGUCAAAGCAUCUGCUAUCCUUGAGCAAGUUGUGAAGCUCAAGGCUGCCACCAUGGGAGCAACCGACAAAGCCGUGGCUGAUAGCCUGGUUGACCUGUCUUCUUGCUAUGAAUGUGCAGAGCAAUACAACAAGGCCAUGAAGAACCUCAAGAAGGCAUACAAGAUCCAAGAGGACCUUGAAGGCGAAGCAAGUGAUGCUUGUAUCUUGACACUGGAGAGAAUCGGUGUCAUAUACCAGGCAACUGGACACUUCAAAAAGGCAGCAAUCGCUUACCUCGGUGUCUUGCGAGGUCGAAAACAUGCUCUUGGAGAGAGUCACCCGACAGUCGCUGACACAUACUUUCAUCUUGCUGUCUCACUUCGAGAGAGUGGUCAAGAAGAUAAAGCAUUCAAGUGCAUGAAACAAGCACUGAAUAUAUACGUCGGAGAAGGCAAGAACAUGCAUGACGUUAUGAUGAUUGCAGAGGUCAUGCAUGAGCUAGGCGUUCUUCACACGUUGAAGGGGCAGCAUGGGGAAUCAAUAAAGAUGCUGAAGCAAGAAAUUGCUGUACGAAGUAAGCUGGGUCAACCAGAAUAUCCUUCAACCGCUGAAGCUAUGAAAUGUUUGGGGCAGGCAGAAUACGAAUCGAAGAAUCAUGCCCGUGCUCUAAAUCAUCUCAAAGAUGCGCGUUUAGUUUAUGAAAAGGCAGGGAAAACAUCUGAUAUUGGAUACGGUGAAGUCUUGCUAAACCUUGGAAUCGUUUUUCGAGCCAUGAGAAAACAGCAGAAGUGUCGCGAUGCCCUCUUUGAAGCUCUAACAGUUUUCAAGAAUGCUGGGUGUGAUAGUGACCAUUCGUUGCUAUCGAAAACACUUACUAUCUUGAGAGAGAUGGGCCAUAGAAUCAAUAUCUAA